CUUAUUCUGGAGCUGAACACAGAGCUGAGGCUGCAGUUCUCACAUCUCUGAACCUUUUGCAGGACUUUUGCUGCUGGAGUGGAGCUCUGAUGUUCACCUCUGGGUUCACUAAAGGUCACUGAGGUUUGGUUCUUCUGCUCUGGUUUCUCCUCUGACUCCCCCCUCUGCCGUCAUGUGACCUCCUCCUCCCUAAACCUCCAGCAGGAGUUAAACUCCGCUCCCUCUCCGGGGAGCAUCAGUCCCGGAGCAGCCAUGCUGGACACUCUCACCUUCCUGCUGGAGAAGCUCUUCCUCCACAUCAAGCUCUCCAGCCUGCUGCCGCCGCUGCGCCGGGAGCAGCCGCUCAGCAGGCGCUGUGAGCGGGAUGAGUCCGCCCCGCAGCCCGCCGGAGCCCCGCAGCGGUUCCAGCGGGGAGACCUGCUGGAGGUGCCCCGCACCCUCUUCACCCACUUCGGCAUCUACCUGGGCGACAACCGGGUGGCGCACCUCAUCCCGGACAUCCUGCCGGCGCUGACGGCCGACAGCCGCCAGAUCCAGGAGAUGGUGACCAACACGCGGCUGCUGCUCGGCGUCCUCUCCAAGCGCGCCAGCAUCCGCGUGGACUCUGUGGAGGACUUCGCGUACGGAGCCGGGAUCCUGCUGAACGCCAUGGACCGGGCGGUGCCCCGCGGCCCGCUGCCCGCAGAGGAGGUGGCCCGGCGGGCGGAGCGGCUGGUGGGCUCCGUGUCCUACAGCCUGCUGUGGAACAACUGCGAGCACUUCGUCACCUACUGCCGCUACGGAGCCGCGCAGAGCCGCCAGACCGACAAGUUCUGCGAGUGGCUCAAGUCUCUGAUCCGGGACCAGAGGAACGUGGUCCUGGCAGUGCUGCUCGGCCUGCUGUCCGUCAUGUGUUUGGGGUUCUCGUCCGGCACCGUCCUCCCCGCCAUCCUGGUCCCGUUCACCCUGUGGAUGGCCAGCUAAGGAAUGCUAACGCUAGCUCUGGGUGGUUAGCAUUAGCAGCGUUAGCAUCCAGGAAACACACCGAGGCUCCGGUUGUCCUGUAAAUAUGUGUAGAUAAACGGUUUCCUAACAGUCCAGACUUUUGUACAGAAUCUAUUUUUACAGCCUCUAACUCUUUCUGCUGUUUUUGUCGUGUGAAUAAAGAAAACGGAAGCAGAUCAA